AUGGUCAAGCUGUUUUUGAGAAAGAUCGACCAGGUGGCGGAGGGAGCAGGUGUGGGAGGGGGUGCCGACCACGAGGGAGGAGGCGAGAAGACGGGACGCGUCGUGAUUGAGUACAACGUCGAGGAGGAGGAGGAGAUAGAGGAGGAUACAUCAAGGCAGGCUCUGCACGGGGCGAGCGGCCCGGGCGGCGAUGCGAACCAAGACGAGGACUCGAGCUCGGGAUCGAGAUCCGGCUCGAGCUCGAGCGAUGAGUCGGUCGAGGACGACGGCGAGGGCGCUGGACAUAGAACGGAGCGUACGGGGGAGCACGGAGUGGCGCUCGGGGAGCGGGUGGACGAGCGAGUAGAGCUUAUCGAGCAGCAGGCGAUAGGGGAAACUAAGGCUGUCGAGGAGCAGGAGGGCGGAGCGGCUGCGCAGGAGGGUGGGGUCGGAGGGCAGCAGCAGGUGGUGGGCGAGGCGGCUGCGCAGGAGGGCGGGGCUGGAGGGCAGCAGCAGGAGGGCGUGGCGGCUGCGCUUGCUGCGGAUUUUCGGACGGCGUGGAAUACGAUUUCGGAGUCGUCGAAGAGCACACUGUCGCAAUGCGCCGAGGCUGUGAAGGGUGUCACGGCGGAGAGGAACCUAUUGGAAGGGGCGCGGGCGAAGAUCGACGAGAUGAGCGGGAAGAUCAUCGAGGGGGUGGCAGCCGCCAUCACAAAAGCGAGCGAAGACGCCGUCGAGAAGCAGCUCAAGCAGGUCGAGGAGCGGCUGGUUGCUGCGGUGCUGAAGGGUUUCGAGAAAUCCAUCAUGGAGGACAUGUUCUGCUCCACCCUCCCACCCGAGACCAUGAAGGAGCUGAAGGACAUUGUAAGGGAAGGCUACCAUGAAGCCGAAGCAGGGAGGUUGGAAGUCCUCACCGAAGCGAUGGCGAGAGGUUUUCAGCGCUCGGCGGGCCCGUCGACGAGGUCGCGUCAGGAGGGUGUGGGAGGGGUUCGCAGCAGGGCUGAGCCUCGAGGUCACGAGCGGUCGGUUCCUCCGUCUUCUUCAGUAGGAGGACAUGUCGGCAGCCCGGUUGGAUCCCCACCGGCGCGUGGCCGUCAUCCCGUCGCCAAGCCCGUCGAGAAAGUCAUCGUACUCGACCAGUCGGCCCUCCCGAAGACCUCCGUAGCGCCUCCGAUCGAUCCACCUGAUGUGUUUGCUUUCAUGCGGGACAUGCUGCAAGGCCUGGGGAAAACGGGCGGCGGUGCGGGGAAAGGAGCGGGAGAAGCAAGCGCUGGGUUGCUGUCGAAGACCAAAGCGGCAUCAGCUGCGCACGGCGGUGGUGCUGGCCUUGCUGUCGGGCUUGUGGGAAAUUGGGCGUCUUCCUCAACCCCUCCAGUUGCUCCUGUCGCCACUGCUCCGUCCCUAGGCAACGUUUGCCUUAGCGAUCCGGGCUCCCCUUCAACGUUGAAGAAGAAGCCGGCUGCGACGAAGUCGUCGAAGCGCGCUGCACACGCGACAGAGAGCCUUGACGUGGUGGAGCUGGUGAGCGUCCCUGGUCAGGCGCCUGUCGAGAAGACCUCUAUUGUCGUUGCUGCUCGACAGGAAAAGGCGAAGAAGGCCAGGGUCACGGGUCACACCCCACCUCUUCGACCAGACGACCAAGGCAAGACGAGAGGCUGCAAACGUCCCUUCAAAGGACCGGGUUUCAGGUUGCGGAAGGGGAAGCCGGUUUCCGAGCAGACCGUCGGCGGGAGGAAGCGGUUCCUUGGCACUUUUGAAACAGAGAAGGACCAGAAGUUAUGUACGGCCGUCUGCUGGCGCGUGUACUUCCCCGACGUUGUCCUUACGGAGUACGAAGGGUACACGGCGCAGGAUGAGGAGGACUGGAAGGUCUACCUCGAUGCGGCCGCAGAAAUGCCAACCGGCGUCCCGAAGGGCAUGGCGGCGACACCGCACAUGAUGGCCAUCGCAGCAACUGUGGCGAGCUUGUGGGCGGCCUGCAGGAAGUUGUCGAGGGAGGAUAUUAAGAAGGAUGCCCUAGCUGCCGCAAACGCGGCGAUCUACGCCCCGGAGACUGCAAAGAAGGCUUGUGUGGCUGCCAUGUCCGCACUCGUGUCCAUACUUUUGCACGGCGGCAAGACGUUCCCGGCGAAGCAGUGGCCCGAUCACCUGUAUUCGUCGGCUGUCGAAGGUCUCGGCUCGACGGACGCCAUACUGCUGCAGAUGCUGCGCGUGGCAGCACAGGUCUGUACGCAAUGGUGCUGCUGUCGAGCUGCUGCCCGCUUGCUGGAGGACGCGGGCUAUGGCAGCCUGGCUAUGCCAAAAGAAAAGAGCAAGGCGAAGCAGGGCGAUGAGGAUGCAGCUGAGACGGAAACGGGCGGGCAAGGGGAGUAG